ACGAAUUUGGAAAAACUAAAAAAGUAAAAAGGGGUUAUGCAAACAAUUGCAAAAAAAUAGUGAAAACUCCGAGUCGCCGGAAUUUCUCGCCGCCGGCUGUCUUCCGACUAGAUCGCUACCAUGGCGGAGAAAGAUGAUCCGUUUCUGAGCUUAUCCGAUCUAGAAUCUGAGCUAGAUUCAAUCCCUAUCCCUAUGUUCUUCGAUAGAAAUCGCCAUAUUUGCUAUUUAGAGAUGAUGCUUGAGCUACUACCUUCACCUUACCAAUCGCAAGAGAUCAAUCGCCUUACUCUUGCUUACUUUGCCAUCUGCGGUCUCGACAUCCUUCGCUCUCUCGAUCGCGUUGACAAAGAAGGGGUGAUUAAUUGGGUUUUAUCACUGCAAGCUCAUCCGCAAGACAAAGCUGAACUGAGCAAUGGACAAUUUUAUGGGUUCCAUGGUUCUAGAAGUUCUCAGUUUCAACCAAAUGACUAUGGGGAUGCAAUCCCAAAUUGCAGUCAUUUGGCAAGUACUUACUGCGCACUAUCCAUAUUGAAGACUCUUGGCUAUGAUUUUUCACUACUGGAUUCCAUGUCAAUCAUCAAAUCAAUGAAAAAUCUUCAGCAACAUGAUGGGAGCUUUAUGCCCAUUCAUAGCAGGGCAGAGACAGACCUCCGUUUUGUAUAUUGUGCAGCGGCUAUCUCUUCCAUGUUGGAAAACUGGAGUGGCAUUGACAAAGAGAAAGCCACAGAGUACAUAAUAAACUGUCAGUCAUACGAUGGUGGCUUUGGUUUAACUCCUAGUUCAGAAUCACAUGGUGGUGCCACUUUUUGUGCGGUUGCAUCUCUCAGAUUGAUGGGAUUAAUUGAAGAUGAUAUAUUGUCGAAGAAUGUAUCCUCUUGUUUUAUAAACGUUCCCUUGCUUCUAGACUGGAGCUUACAGAGACAGGCAGCCACUGAUGGUGGAUUCCAAGGUAGACUAAACAAAGCUACUGACACCUGUUAUGCUUUCUGGGUGGGAGGAGUUCUAAAGAUCUUAGGGGCUCACAAGUUCAUCAACUAUGAAGGCUUACGUAAAUUUCUUUUCACCUGUCAAUCCCAGUAUGGUGGUUUUGGUAAAACUCCAGAGCAGCUGCCAGAUCUUUAUCACGCCUACUAUGGAUUUUGUGCAUUUAGUCUGUUAGAGGAACCUGGCCUCAAUUCAAUCUGCACUGAGCUGGGUAUAACAAAUGGACCUGUGCAGCUGCUAUGAAUCUCACCCCGCACUCAUGAUCACAAGGAUUUUCAAGGCCCGGGUACAAUUAAGUUGCUUGGAGAUAAGAAUUAAGAAGUAUUGAUACUUUUUUAUCUACUUCUUUUCGUAUUUUCUGUGUAUUAUUAAACUAUAUAUCAUAUUUGAUUCAAGAUAAUUUUUGGCAUUGAUGAUACAACUUUAUUUUCACCUUGCUAUGUUCGUUACCUUUGAAAGUGAUCGCCUAAUUGUUGUAGGCUUGUAGCAUUUUUGACAUUCUGCUCCGAGAUGUUAAUGAUGGUGGCUUUUUCAUAA